AUGAACCACUAUCCAAAAAUGGUAGAAGCUGGCUCCGCACCCAACGGCCUCAACAAACGUGAGCCUCGGUCUGCUUCCCAGCUCAACGAAACAAGUUUGGAUGAAGGCUUGCAUCAAUGGGACCAAGCCAUGUCUGCCGGGGCGGUCACCCCGUCCUACAGCCUAGAUAUUGAGGAACUCGAGGCUGUCCAGCGUUACAAGCGUAUCAUGCUCGACGAUGCUGCCAGCUCGACGUCCUUCGGGAAAGGAGGUGCACGUCUGCCUAGAGCCACACAGGUAUUAUGA